AAACAAUACAAAGUUUCCUCCGCAAAUGCAUCGUCAAAUAUUCACCUACGUGCUGGUGCUAGUGUUGUGCAGUCGGGAAAUUCGCGGUCAUUUGUUCGCAAUUUUCCUCAAACAUAUCACUCUUAAGAUUUGCGGACAAUCGGCUUCGUCUCACGUAAUUCGCGUGCUGGGCGACGAAUGCAACAGCGAUUGGGAAUGCAGGGAAUUCAUCGCCGGGUCAAUUUGUCACAGAGGCAGGUGCGCAUGUCAACCGUUCUACGCCAGAGUCAAUCAGACUUCCUGUUUGCAAGCAACGCUUUUGGGCUACGACUGCCUGGUGCCGGAGCAGUGCUCCCUGAAAGUGGCGAAUAGCAGCUGCCUGGACGGUUCGUGCCGAUGCGUGGACGGCUUCCUGCAGUUCCGGAAGCACACUUGCCUCGGACCCGCGAGACCGGGCAACGUGUGCUACAGCAACGACCACUGUCGCCUGUGGACUGCAGACAGCCACUGCGAUUUUCUCAUACCGAAUCUGUUCGGCCGGUGUUCCUGCAAUACGCCUUUCAAGCAGGUUGGUGACUCUUGCGUGCGGGCCGCUUUUCAGACCAAACCGCCGCCCGUUUCGAGCUCCACCGCCGCCGGCACAACCACCACUGAGAGACCGACGACGGAAUCGACGAGCCACGAUAUCGAGUCCAACGUUAUCGUCGACGUUCCGACGCCCAAAGCCGCUGUGAGGGAAAGAGCGCCCGGGAAGGAUCGCACGACUAAAACGGUGCCCACCAUUUCCGAUUCUACAACGCACGUUCCUCAUGGAAACGUAUCAAAAAUGGACUCCACCACUCGAGCGACGAUAUCCAGAAGAAGAACCACAAUGGAACCAACGUCUACUACUACCUAUAGAAGCUCCAUCAUCCCAUCAGUUACUACCACUUUACCACCGACUACCACUCGCCUUCGAACGAGAGUGGAAAAUGCCGAUGAAUCCGUGAGUUUGGGCCUUCCUUGCGUCACUGAUAUGCAAUGCAAAAUGUCGGAUCCUUCGUCGAAAUGCAUCGAAGGCAUCUGCGAUUGUGUCAUCAAAACGAACGGAACGAGAGGUUGCUCGGCCAUGAACAGAGGAUGCAUUCCAGGCACUUUCCAGUGCCGCAGCACCGGAACCUGCAUUAGCUGGUUCUUCGUUUGCGACGGAAGGAAAGAUUGCAGCGACGGCUCGGACGAGGACUGUCGGCCCAACAAAUGCCCUUCGGAAGCCUUCAGCUGCAAAUCGACCGGUAAAUGCAUAUCGAGAGCGAGCAGAUGCGACGGUUCCAAAGACUGUCUGCUGGGAGAGGACGAGGCCAAUUGCCAAGCUAUCGGCAGAAAGGGCUGUCCCCCUGAUACGUUCCAAUGCAGGGACGGUAAAUGUUUACCGGAAUACGAAUUCUGCAACGCCAUUAUCGGUUGCAGCGAUGGAAGCGAUGAACCGCCGCACAUUUGCAAAGGCAGAUCGCGCAGAAGAAGAACGGAAUAUUGCCCGUUGAGAUGCGGAAACGGAAGGUGCAGAUCGAGCGCGAUUGCUUGCUCGGGAAGGGACGGUUGCGGCGAUGGGACCGAUGAAAGUCAAUGUUCAGUUUGCAGGUGUCCAUUGAUCAAGAAUCGCGACUUAUAGUCGAAUUAACGUCGACCAAUUGAAUUUUUGUACAAUGCCAAAAAUCGUGUAAAUUAUUUUUAUUGUACGAAUUAAUCUUUCUAAGUAUUAUUGACUUAAUAAAGUUGUAGAUUAGACAUUUUUCGUAAUGCUCAACAACUGACAACUAUUUAAAUGUGUAACUAUUUUAUAGAUAGAUUUAUUUAUUUCGACUUUUUGUCUUCUUA